AUGUUAUUGGAGAUGGAGCAGCAUUCGGGCCUGAUAUCCCUGAAUAUGUCGCCGUUCCAUCUAAGCCCUCAGGGUAGUCCCCAAGGUGCGGCCGGUGCGGGCCAGCAGCAGCAACAGCAACAGCAGCAGCAAGCGCAACAACAGCAACCGCAGUACGGUUCCUCGCCUUACGGCAAUUGCGCUCAAAGCCCGCCCACCACGAUGUGCCACCAAUCGCAAUCCCAGCAACAACAGCAACAUUUGUCGGUUCAUAGUCAGGCACACUCGCAGGGUGGUAUAUCGAGCUUCGACGCCGCGUUCUUCGAUUCGACCGCCCUGGAGGAACGGUGCCCGAUGUGCGGCGACAAAAUGUCCGGUUAUCAGUACGGUCUGCUCACGUGCGAGUCUUGCAAGGGCUUUUUCAAACGCAACAACUCGCCGUGUAGUAGUAAAAAAGUGUACACGUGUCUAUUUUCGCCGACGGGCGGUGGGGGAGGUGGCGGAGGCGGAGGUGGUGGUGGAGGUGGUGGCGGAGGAGGAGGAGGAGGAGGAGGAGGAGGAGGAGGAAGUAGUGGCGGCGGCGGAAACAGUGGUAGCGGUAACAACGGUGGAAACGGUGGCUGCGGCGGCGCAUCUUCGGCACUCGAGAUCGGAUCUUGCGGCAACAAGAAGGUGUACACGUGUCUGUUCUCGCCAACAGGGGCCGGAAGCGGCACUGGAGGCAGUGGCGGCAACAAUGGUAACGGCGCCGGAGGUGGUUGCGGUACGUCGACGGCCCUCGAGAGUAGCAGCAGCAGUUAUACCGGCGGAGCGUCUGGUACCGGUGGCGGUGGCGGUGGCGGUGGCGGUGGCGGUGGCGGCGGUGGCGCGGGUGGCGGUGGUGCGGGUGCCGCUGGCGGCAGUGGACCCACCGCAGGAAACGCCGCUGCUGGCGGUGGCGGUGGCGGUAACGCGAGCGGUGCCGGAGGCGCUGGCAGUGGCGGCGGAUCCGCUACGGUAAGCGGCAAUGUCGCGAUACCAACUACCACCUAUUCGUUACCAUCUGGUACCCUCUGUCAUCCUGGAUUGGGCCAGGUCGGGGUUGGUGUCGUCACUGGCUCGAUACCAUGUCCCUCCGACUUUCCCGACACCAAGGACAUCGUCAUAGAGGAGCUAUGCCCUGUCUGCGGCGACAAGGUCUCCGGGUAUCACUACGGGCUACUCACCUGCGAAUCCUGUAAGGGAUUUUUCAAGCGCACCGUCCAAAACAAGAAGGUCUACACCUGCGUUGCCGAGAGGUCCUGUCACAUCGACAAAACGCAACGGAAGCGGUGUCCCUACUGCCGUUUUCAGAAGUGCCUCGAAGUCGGCAUGAAGCUUGAGGCCGUGCGAGCGGACCGGAUGAGAGGCGGUAGGAACAAAUUUGGACCCAUGUACAAAAGAGACCGAGCGCGGAAGCUGCAAAUGAUGAGACAACGGCAGCUGGCACUGCAAACGAUACGCGGCAGCCUCGGUGACCCAUCGAACUAUCCCUCCGCCGUAACGCCUUUCCUGCAUAUUAAACAGGAGAUCCAAAUACCUCAGGUCUCGAGUCUAACGUCUUCCCCAGAUUCGAGUCCAUCCCCCGCAGCCGUGGCCGCUGGUCUGGUCACGACCCAAGCUGGCAGCGGAGCUGGUCAGCAUCAACUGAUCGCACCGUCCUCACAGCCAAAUAUUUCUGGCGGUAAUCACCUACACAACCUCAACCCUGGCCUGGAUAGCAAACUGUGGACUGCCAAUUCCACAACCCCUAGUCCUAAGGCCUUCAACUUCGGCGAACAGUCGACGCAACCUCACGGGCCGACUGGUUCCGCACCCUCGACCGCCACCUUGAAAACUAGUCCGAUGAUAAGAGACUUCGUGCAAACGGUCGACGACCGCGAGUGGCAGACAUCGCUUUAUGGAUUGUUGCAAAGCCAAACGUACAAUCAGUGUGAAGUGGACUUGUUCGAAUUAAUGUGCAAAGUGCUCGAUCAAAAUCUCUUCUCGCAGGUGGACUGGGCUAGGAAUUCUGUAUUCUUCAAAGAUCUCAAGGUUGACGACCAAAUGAAGUUACUACAGCACUCCUGGUCGGAUAUGUUGGUGCUUGAUCAUCUUCAUCAAAGGUUACACAAUAGUCUACCUGAUGAGACUACGCUUCAUAAUGGCCAAAAGUUUGAUCUCCUUUGCCUCGGCCUACUUGGAGUUCCUUCCUUGGCAGAUCUUUUCAAUGAUUUAUCGUCGAAACUUCAGGAACUGAAAUUCGAUCCUUCGGAUUACAUAUGCAUGAAAUUCUUGAUGCUGCUCAAUCAUGAAGUUCGUGGAUUAGUUAACAAGAAACAUGUGCAAGAAGGUCACGAACAAGUUCAACAAGCUCUUUUGGAUUACACAUUGACAUGUUAUCCUUCUAUACCGGAUAAGUUUAAUAAGCUGCUAGCAGUAUUACCAGAAAUCCAUGUGGUAGCAAGCAGGGGAGAAGAUCAUCUUUAUCAGAAGCAUUGUAGCGGUGGAGCACCAACUCAAACACUUCUAAUGGAAAUGCUUCAUGCUAAGAGAAAAUGAAACGAUAGAUUCGUUUGGCAUUUUUGCCAUGAGUUAGUCUAUUAUUGUAUCUCAGAAAACAAGAUAAUGCCCCUUAUUGUCAGAGUGGACCUCAAGUACCUAUUAAGAGCUAAUGCUGCUUAGGUGUUGGACCAAGUUUAAGGGGCCCUGGUUCAAUAAAUACCUAACGCAAAACAAAUCAAGUAUAGACGUACAUACUUUACAUAUAUACAUAAUAUAUAUGUAUUAUAAAGUGUAUCUAAAUAUAUAAACAUAAUGACAUAUAUUUUCUAUAUUUGAUGUUGAAGUUUUAGAGAUGUAUCCAUGGAGAAUUAUUACCCCUGUUGAUGGGUACAAGCGCAGGGAAAACAGUAAGCAAGAUGCCUUGAAAACAGUACAAAGGGUGGUUAACAAAAUAUUGGUCAAAGGGCAGGCAACUUUUAUCUAAAUAAGUAAAGCUAUUUUUCUAAUACUAGAAGCGAUUAUUUUUAAGCAUAUACCACUGAAGCCUUGCUCUCAUUUGAACAAAAAAGAUAUCCUAAUAGUAACAAGAAAGAAAGAACGAAAGAAAGAAAGAAAGAAAGAAAGAAAUUGCCGACUCUGCGGUCAAUCAUGCUUCUGCAAGGGAUUCAAUGGGCAUACUUGAACGACAGUUUUAAAAAAAAAAAAUUUCAUGUGAUAUACUUAUAUAUACAUAUAUAGAUAUAUGUCGCACGGCCACCUGGGCAUCCUUAGAACUUCCUAUGAAAGAAAGAAAAUAACUAAUCUGCAUUUUGUCACACUUGCACACAGCAGGGCUAUUAUAUUGUAAAUACUAGUUAACACAUUCCAAUUACGUUGUAAAGUAUGAAUCAUGUUAAAUAUGUAAUUAUAAUAUUUUGUGUAUAGUUUAAUAAAAAUAAAUAUAUUUCUGUUGCUUACUGAGAAAAGAAAAUCAUUAGCUACUUAAUGUCUUCACUAAUUUUAGAGUUUUAUUCAUGUAUUUUUCUUCUUUUAUUAUUUUUCAAAUAGGUGGCGGAAAAGAAUAACCAGAAAAAAUUUGCGAUAUCUUAUAAUUGUAUAUUGUAUCAUAAUAAAGAUUCUGUUUAAGAAAUAAAAAAAGAAUCAUUGGAGCAAGGUUUAUGUGGUCCUACAUUAUCUAGCGAUUAAUACUAAGUAUAAUAAGAUCAAUAUUGUCUUAUCGCAGUUGUUAAAUAGAUAAAUAUUUACUGAAUGUUAAGAUAGCGAUCGAACGUAGUAAUUUUUCACUAAUAGAUUAUUAUUGUUUAGUCAAUAGUCAGAAACUUUUCAGUGCUGUGAAGGUUGUCUUUUCGACGCCUGUGGUAUCUAUGCCAUCGGUAAAUUACACGUGCUACAUUCGAGGCUCAAGCGUGGCAACAGGAACAGAAAUCUUUGCUCGUACUGGUAGGCUGGUAGUACCACCCUUUGCAACUCCUACUGUUUAUAUAUCCUCUAUCAAAGAAGUACCUGGAAAAAUAAAAUGCUAUUUUACUACUUUCACUUUUCCACCGACUUCGAUAUAAGAUGUUAAAUAUAGAUGUAAACAAUUUGUUGAUGUAUGUAAAAAGAGAACUCGAUGCCACAUUAGAUUAAGAAUCGAGUGUUGAAUCAAAUCAGGAGGAGUAGCUGCGAGUAAUACUACCAUGAAAAAUAUAUACACAUAUAUAUAUAUUUUCGAAAGCAUGCAUGUACUUAUCGUGUGAGUAAAGAUUUGUGUCCAUGGUCAAAUUUUUUGCAAAUCUUCGACACAGAUUAUUAAAGAUAAUGAUAAUAAUAAUUGAAGAAAAAAAAAACAAAACUGUAUUAACGUGUUCCCAAAUUUUCAAAUCGUCUGGUUCUUUUCUUGAUUGAUCGAUAUUUGAAAUAGAAAGUUUACAUUAUUUUUGGCUCUUUAAAAAUAUUAAAGAAAACAAAAAAAAUGCAUUACUUAUAUUUAACUCGCAUAUAAAUGUCUACCUCUUCAUAACUGUAUUAAGUCUUACAUUUUUACAUUUUUAAUAAACCACAUACCUCAGAAUAGACACCCAGAUAGCAAAUUAAAUGGAAUGUAUGAAUGUUACCUACGUAGACUUAACGUCUACGACUUCUGUAAUAUGCGUAACAAACAAAAUAUAAAAAGUUCCAUUCAAUUAUUGUACCCACUGUAUUUCCAUGUUAACUAUGUUAGUUAUCGUUAUGUUUAUUCCAAAUUAGUCUAUACUUGUACAUGGCAUGUACAAAAAUACAUCUAAAUCGAACUUUAUAGCUACUAACGAAAUUUUUCAAACUCUACUUAAUCCUGUAUUGCUGUUUGGGUAAAAUCAAAUUGAAAUCAUAUUGUUUUUAUUUAUUAUUAUAAUACCAUUCAUCAUCAUGACAUUUCGUAGAACGUGUCGGUCUGAUAAUUUUGGAACAAUCAACAACUAAAAAUUACAAACACAAAUACUUCAGAAACGAAAAUUGUCUCUUCUAAAUACGAUCCCUGAAUCAAUGAUAUUUGUAUGUAUCCAUCCUAUUUAAUCGUCCGCUCGAUUCUGUUAUAACAUGUUUAAUUAAUAAUUGUAACUAGGAAAUACGAGACUAGUGGUGUUAUAAGCAUUAUGUUAAAUAUGUACAGUUACCAGUUAUAAUUGGCAAACAAUCUAAUUUAAUAUCGAUGUGAUUUUUUGAUCCAAUAAAUAAUUGGAAUUAACCAUUAUACAAAAGAGAAAAAAAAUAUGCGUUGUUAACACUGCCAUUAGGAGUUGGCAAUUGUAAAUUAUGUAGAAAAAAAAAAACAAAUGAUUGAUUGUAAAUAUAUCUUUAUUAUUAACUAAUAACUGUUCCUUCUUAGGAUUGACAGCGCUAUUUUUUAUAUAUUAUACUGAUUGAACUCCUAUUAAACAAUAAUAUUUCCCUAAUUGCACUCCUAUCUUUGGUAUUAUUGUAAUAAAAUGAUGUGCAAUGCCCAAAGGACGUAUGAUAGAUAUCAAAAGGAGGGUAAAGGAUGGUACUAUUUAAAUUAUUAAGCAGACA